AUGUAUAAGUCUCUCUCUCCUUUUCUCUCUCUCUCUCUCUCUCUCUCUCUCUCUCUCUCUGCGAAGACGAAAUCUAUCUAUCUAUCUAUCUAUCUAUCUAUCUAUCUAUCUAUCUAUUAUUAUAUCUGUACUUUCUGCCCUCUAUUAUAUCUAUCUAUCUAUCUAUCUAUCUAUCUAUCUCAACGUCUCGAACGGUUCGUUGUUUUGGAAACGGGCCCAAUUGAUGGCUUUUCUCCUCCACAUGAUAAUGAUCUGUUCAUAUUUUAUCUAUCUAUCUAUCUAUCUAUCUAUCUAUCUAUCUAUCUAUCUAUCUAUCUAUCAUCUAAACAUGUUCAUAUUCUAUCUAUCAAUCUAUCUAUCUCAACAUGUUCAUAUUCUCUCUCUCUCUCUCUCUCUCUCUCUAUCUAUCUAAACAUGUUCAUAUUCUAUCUAUCAAUCUAUCUCAACAUGUUCAUAUUCUCUCUCUCUCUCUCUCUAUCUAUCUAUCUAUCUAUCUAUCUAAACAUGUUCAUAUUCUAUCUAUCUAUCUAUCAAUCUAUCUAUCUAUCUCAACAUGUUCAUAUUCUCUCUCUCUCUCUCUCUCUCUCUCUAUCUAUCUAUCUAUCUCAUUAUUAA